GGAGGGCAUGAGAGACGCGUGGUUUCGAGCAGGCGUUGGAGCGCAGACUUUGGCUGUUGCCCACUGCUGGCUGCUCUACCCUGGCACAGGCAGGUGUGGACCUCUUACCAACGUCAACAUCAACAUCAACAUCAACAUCUUCAACGGUGGGGCUCGGAACCUUGCGCUAUCAUCCCCUGACCGUAUCAGGAGCUUGAGCCAGGGAAGCGGCGGUGGCCGGCUUUGCUCCGCUCUUGGUACCGCCAUGUCCGAGGGCCAGGCACUGGAUGAAGUCGACAGCAGUGGGCGUCCGCGUGUGUUAGGCCUUGGAUCCGCGGGCGUUGACUUCAUUGCCGCAGUCGACAGGUACCCGACGGCCGACGAGAAGGUUCAAACACAAUCUCUUCAGGUCCUGGGAGGAGGGAACUGCGGCAACACCCUUUCCGCAGCGAGUAGGCUCGGUCUGGACGCAUGCCUGGCUACCAAGGUCGGCUCCGACGCGAACGGCAGGCUGAUCCUGCAAGGUCUGGAGGAGGAAGGUGUGGACGUUUCCCGCGUCAUCGUGAGCGAUGCCACUCCCUCGGCCUUCACGUACGUCAUCGUGGACAAGGAGGGGGGUACCAGGACUUGCCUGCACACUCCGCAGACGGAAGAUAUUCUUCCGGAAGAAAUUACGCCGGACCUACUGGACGUGGUUGCGGCGGUGCACCUUGAUUCAAGACACACCCCGGCGGCCGUCGCCUUGGCCAAGCUGGCCAACGAACGGUCUGUGUGGGCUCUGCCCGAAGAAAGUUUAUUCUUGUUGGUUUUGGCGGUGGACGCACAUCCAAUAAACGCUCGACGUUCGUUGGUGGCGCCCUGUUGUUGCGCUCGCAUUGGAGCGACUGCAUGUGAUGGGACUGAGUCGACCGAGUGGAUCGAGCGGGCAAAGAUAGUGCUCUCACACAUCGCCAGGUUCAGCCUAGUUUCGUUGGCGUGUCCGUACCGGCUCUUUCAAACGUCGGAUGUUUCCACCAAUAAUUCGUGAAACGUCAUCCAACGGGUGCGUUCAGCCGACUAUAGGUAGUUAGGCCUUGGGCCAUGGAACAAACCAAUAUGGCCAACGCUCCAUUAUCGUGGUUUGUGGAAAGCUUUCAGGCCAGUACGUUGGCGGAAUCGAACUUUUCGGUUGAGAGAUGAAUAGAAGAACCACAGCCGCAUUUGUUUCGGUAGAGAGAAGCCCUGCUGUUCCGCGGUAAAUUCCACAUGUGUAAAUGCGACGCCCCCGGCAGCCUGUGUCCCGUUCGCAUAAGCCCGUUGGCGGCACUGAUCCUCCAACCGGGCCUCAGCCCCCAUUCAUUCAGCUCCAUUCCUUCACGACUUUCACGUU